AUGACCCAAACACCCUCGAUUCAACAGGUUUCGCUAUCGCUCAGUAGAGAGCGGAACGCAAUCGCCCCCGCAACAUGUGCGAAUAACAGCCGCCUCGAACGCGAUCUGAAAGCUGUGCGUGGUCAUGUAGAGCCAUUCUUUGCUUGCGCGAAGAUUCCAGUUCCUGUCAAUCAGCGCAUGUCCCCAUUCAAUAUAUGCAUCACCCAACAGUUUGCACAUGCCCUCGACUCUGUGCACCGUCUGCUCGACCGAGUGCUAGUCGACAUUGUGGAACGAUGGUUUACCGAUGCUGACGCCGAUUUUCCGUCGCGGAUGCCUCUCGAAACACACGAAGAGGAGGUGCUCAGAUGGAUCAGCAACCAUGAACAUAGCCAACCAGGGUCCGGAAAGAUGCUAGACUUUCGUCAACGGUCAGGCAUGUGGCGAACGGAUAUAUUGUUUGAAGACCGCGAUACUCCAGGCCCAAAAAUAUGCGAAAUCAACGCCCGUAUUCCAUUCAAUGGAUUCUAUAUGGCUGGUUUGCAAUGCGAAGCAACAAAGACCUUUGGGGCUGAUCAAAUUGGCUUCAAGGCGCCGAACGAACUCAAGAACACGAAGGAGAUACUGCUCAAUUGUUUUGACCAAACAAAACCGAUUUUCCAUAUCCAUAAAAAAUGGCCCGGAGUCGAUUCGCGCUUGUUUAGUUACGACUACAAGAAGGCCACGGGCCAGGAUGUAGUGCAGAUCGAGCCAUCUCAGCUACAGCUGGAAAAGGAUGAUACUUCUCCAACGGGAUGGUCUUUAUACGCAGAUAUUGGCAACGAUGUCGGCCAUGAUGAGGCUACAUCAAGCGCCAAUAAAAGUCUUCUCAAAGUCGAACAAUGUGCCCUUGAACUGUUUCAGGAGGAAUUUUCCGACAUGAAUUCCAUUGCCUUGAAGCAAUUAGCGAUGUGCAGUGUCAAUGACUUUCGUACUGUCUUCUUGCUUCACGACAAACGCAUGCUUGGCAUUGUCCUGGAUGAAAUUGCGAAUUUAGUGAAGAGAAAUGUGCUUUCAGAAGAUGAAGGACGAAUUCUCCGCGACGGUGUCUCUGAAACUUUAAUUCCGGGUUCGAGCGCUCUCAAGCAACUGCUCGAAGCUACCAAAGAGGAUCCCAUCGCCAAAAACGAGUGGAUUGUCAAACCGGUGCGAGAUGCAGCGUGCAAUGGUAUUCAUCUUGGCGCUGAUAUCGAACAAGAUGAGUGGUUAUUGUUGUUGGAGCGAUUGUCCACCCGUGCCCUCCACCCGGCAAGCGAUGAUGCUUAUGUAGUGCAACGGCUGGUUCAGCACGCAAAGUACGAUAUAGUUCGCCACGAUGUAAUUGCUGCCAAAACCGAACAGUUCCAUCUCAUCGGUUCCUGUCAUAUGAUUAAUUCACAGUCACUGGUCUUUGGACCCUGGAGGAUCGGCGACAAAGUUCAUGUUGGCCUCGGCCCAGGUGCUCGCGGGAUCCUCAUGAGCUGUAUCGUGAAACCUGCGGAUCUGCAGCAUUUGGAUGCCAGGAAAAAAGAGGAAUGA